CCCGCACGUAUUCUGCCCGGGGCUCUAGCUGAUGAAACCAAGAAGGCUCUGUGCCCCGGCGCCUUUCCAAGUGAGGCAGGGCCCGACCGCCCCUCCUUUUCAGUCUUCCCUCCUCCUCCGAGACUGUCAGUCAAGCAGCAGAAGCUGUAAGCGGCCGGAAGCGCUGGGAAAGAUGCGGCCAACAGCAGCAGCGACAGACGCGGUAGGGGCUGGAGGAUUGUAAAGGGGAAGCACUGUCCUUAGGACAACAUAGAGGAUUGGAGCCGCUGCUGCAGUGUCUGUCCGUCCUUCGCUGCCACCCAGCCGAGCUGAGAUAGAUGGAUAGGAUACGAUCCAGUUCAGGGAACAGGAGGGAGGCGCAUUGAAUCAGACCCCUGUGCCUGGCAGGAGACAGAGGAAAAGAUCUGAAUUGGAUGUGGGAGAAAAGAGAUAGAGGGAAACGCCUACAGAGCCAGAAGAUCUCUCUCUCCCCGUGUCUCACACACACACACUUCUCUUCUGAGCAGUCUUUUCUUUCCGGGGCUGGCUAUAAAGCCCUGCCUGAAGAUUGCACUUUUUUUUUUAACUUCUCCUAUAUGUGAAGAAAACUUUCCUGGAUCUUGCCAUUUUUUUUUUUGGAUGUGCCGAUAGUGGUGACGGAUACCAAAUCCAAUUUCCCUUUCUAAAGGACAAGGAAUUUGUGCAAGUGGGGGAACAGCUAUGGCUGCUGCAAGCACCGCAAUCUCCACAAUGGCCAGUAAGACCAAGACUAAGAAAAAACAUUUUGUGGCCCAAAAAGUCAAAUUGUUCCGAGCCAGCGACCCUUUGCUGAGCGUCCUGAUGUGGGGAGUGAACCACUCGAUCAGUGAACUCAGCCAUGUCCAGAUACCCAUCAUGUUGAUGCCAGAUGACUUCAAAGCCUAUUCUAAAAUCAAGGUGGACAAUCACCUUUUUAACAAAGAGAACAUGCCAAGCCAUUUCAAGUUCAAAGAAUAUUGUCCAAUGGUUUUCCGAAAUCUGAGGGAGAGGUUUGGAAUCGAUGACCAAGACUUUCUGAAUUCUCUUACUAGAUAUUCCCCCCUAGCAAAUGAUUCCCAGGCCCGAAGUGGAGCCCGAUUCCAUACGUCCUGUGACAAGAGGUAUAUCAUCAAAACUAUUACCAGCGAAGAUGUAGCAGAGAUGCACAAUAUUCUAAAGAAGUACCAUCAGUUUAUUGUGGAAUGCCAUGGCAACACGCUUCUCCUACAAUUCCUGGGCAUGUACCGGCUAAACGUUGACGGAGUCGAAACAUACAUGAUUGUCACUAGAAACGUCUUCAGCCACCGACUCUCUGUGUAUAGGAAAUAUGAUUUAAAGGGCUCGACUGUAGCAAGAGAAGCAAGUGACAAAGAAAAGGCCAAAGAACUGCCAACCUACAAGGACAACGACUUCAUUAAUGACGGGCAGAAGAUCCUUAUUGAUGAAAACAAUAAAAAGAUGUUUCUUGAAAAACUUAAGAAAGAUGUCGAGUUUCUAGCACAACUAAAGCUCAUGGACUACAGUUUACUGGUGGGGAUCCAUGACGUGGAGAGAGCGGAGCAGGAGGAGGUGGAGAGUGAGGACAAUGAUGGGGAAGAGGAAGGGGAGAGUGAUGGGACGCACCCGGUUGGCACCCCACCAGACAGCCCAGGCAAUACACUGAAUAGCACACGGCCACUGGCACCUGGAGAAUUCGAUCCAGCAAUUGAUGUGUAUGGAAUUAAAUGCCAUGACAAUGCUCCAAGGAAAGAAGUUUAUUUCAUGGCUAUUAUUGACAUAUUAACACACUAUGAUGCAAAAAAGAAAGCAGCUCAUGCAGCGAAAACAGUUAAACAUGGUGCUGGUGCAGAAAUUUCCACUGUUAACCCGGAACAGUAUUCUAAACGUUUCUUGGACUUUAUUAACAAUAUUCUGACGUAGCCUCACCUGCCAGCAAUGGAAAGUCAUAGAAGAGAGGACAGCUAUGGAUACAGCAUGGAUAGAGAGGCAACAGGACUUGCUGUUACUUAAUUCUUCCCCUGCGGAGAUCACUCCUCCACCCCUUGUAAUAAAACAUCUUCUGGCAAAGAUGAUACGCCUGGGGAUCACAGACUUCACUCGCUGCCUGGCAUAGCCCUAGAUAUGGUUUUUUUUUCUUUCUUUCUAACUCUUUAUGUGUCUCGUAAAGAAGGAAAGCUUCAUUGGCGCUGCAGGAAUAAUGCACAGAUACAAUUGCCAGCAAAAAAAAAAAAUGAAUGGAGAGCUAAGGAACGAUGGGGUCAGGCUAAGCAACCUGCAAGCUUUCUCUGCCCUGGGAAAGGAUUAAAGUGAAGUCAAGAUGUAAACUGUAGAUCAGUUUAUUUUUAUUUUAUUAUUAUUUUUUAACUCUGGGGCAAGGCAGUAUUCAUGGAAAUCACUUGAGAAGCGCUAGGUUUUUAUUUUUUUUGCAAAACGUUGCUCUCAGCGGAACUUAUUCGGGCGUUUUCACGCGACGCUGUUCAUUGCAGGACUCGAGAUGCUGGCGAGGAUCAUGGAGUCAGAGUCUCGUCAAAGCUCUUUGAGUGCUAAAGAAGCAAUGCACUCUGCUUUGGCACCCAAAAAGACUCUGGUUUAAAUCUGCACCUUGGAAUCGGUGAUGCCAUAAUAUUUCCGCCUCUAUGUCAUAUACUCGUCUGCCACAAAAGAAAAUAAUCUGCACUUCAAUUUAUGACUCUGAUAGCUUUUUGUCCUAAACAGGUUGCCAUACAAUGACGUUUAACAUCACAGGCAAGAGCUCUACUCGCUGACAUGCACAUUUGUAGGCAAUAUUCUAAAAAUCAUUGGUUUAACUGCUUUGUAAACUCGUGGGGCAAACAUAAAGCUUGUUUCACUUUCCAGUGUCCAGUCGUUGGCCCCCAAACUUAUUAUUAAACUGCAGCUCCCUUCAUCUGCCCUUGUGCACUGCUGGGGUUUUUUUAAAAACAGGCAGUUGCAGAACACUUCUUUGUUAGGACAUUUACCUUCAGAAUGGAGUGAUGGAACACAGGGUGCAGUGCCAGCCAUUGGAAAACAAAACUGCUGAAAACACCUUGCCUUUAAUUUAAAUGGCUGCGGGUAUGAGCAUCAGUAGGCACAAUUACACAAUUUGACUGACAUACCUGCAGUAACUGAAAGGGGUGAUUUACCUUUAAGUUAACUUUCAGUAUGUUAUAGAAUGGACAAUUCUAAGCAACUUUUCAAUUGGUCUUCAUUAUUUUUUAUAGUUUAGUAAGUAUUUGCCAUUUUCUUCUGACUCUUUCCAAUGUUCAAAUGAGGGAUCACUGACCUCACCUAAAAACAAAUGUCCUGUAAAGCUACAAAUAUGUUAUCGCUACUUUGUAUUACUUCUCUUUUAGUCAAGCCCUUUCUUCUUCAUAUUCCAGUCUCUUUUUCCAAUCAAUGCAUGAUUUCUAGCGUAACUUGCAUCCUUACCUGCAAACUGGAGAGCUGCUGAAUAAAAAGCAACAAAAAUUAAAACAACUCCGCUCAAGAACCACAAAUAAUAAAAGAUGAAAACCAAUUACAAAUUUUCACUCUCUAUAUCAUACUAAAAGUUAUCUCAAAGGUGAACAACCUCUUUAAACAGGUCAGUGGCAAGGUAUUGUUGGCUCUUUGUCAGCCAUGGGGAGAGGGAUUUCCUAGGGGUGACAAAUCACCCUGUUGCCAUCAUCCUUAGAGGUAUAUUUAUCAAAGAGUGAAGUUAGAGAUCACCACAGUCUUCUAUAGUAAAUUCCUCCACUCUCCCUUAAUUUCUAUGGAAUUUUGAAAGGCGUAUUUAUCAAAGGAUGAACUUUCACCCAUUGAUAAAUACUCUCUAGACUUUCACUCUAGAGAACUGUGGCAACCUCUAACGUCAUUCUUUAAAAAAUAUACGCCUGGUGGCCAUAUAGGCACAGAUAAUAUUGGACAAACUAUUUUUCGAAGAUAUUUGGUGCGUGUAUGGUGGGAAAAAAGCCAACCGAUAUCGGCAGAAGACUUGGAUAUCGGUCUUCCCUCCGAUCGGGCUGGAUGGAAAAUUUUGAUGGGUUUUCUUUGAAGAUACCCAAACAUUGGGCAUUGUUAGUGCUGAAUCGUCAGAUACAGGUAGAAUUCUAUUGUUUCUCCCUGUAUAUCUGACUAUUCAACUCUACACGUGUGUGCUGAAACAAACGUUCUUUCAUGGAAGGAUCUUUUCCAAGAAAGAUCGUAAUUGUUACGUCUAUGGCCACCUUUUAUUGUUGAUUGGCUGCAAUGCCUAAGAUUGUCCACAGGGUAAACAGGAACAUUCUUUACUUGCUCCAGCCUGCCGUUAUUUAUCAGUGUCUGCCAACAACACAUCUCUGCUGCUGUUGUGACCUUGGACUUGGGAGUCAGGGAAAGACCCAGUAGACUGGAGCACCAAUAGACAUAAAUCUCCAGCCUUUGCCCUACAGCCAUGAGAGAGAGAAGAGAACCCACACUGGUUAGCAAUUAAUAAAAGGCUUAUGUGUCGUUCAACAUUAAACCA